AUGGGCCAGAGUACAAGAUCGGUUAGUUAUCUUUCUUUAUGGCUUCAUUUCCACCUCUUCUUAGACGACGUUGUAGGUGCCGAAUGUUUUUAUCCGCCAUACGUUCAAUGCCCUCGGGACGGCUGCCAAAGAGCACUCGGGGAACCUAUACCCGUCGCAUGCAGACUCUACACUCUACAACGGGGGGUUUUGCCUGUUACGUCCACAUCAUUGUAUUGUCGUGGUUGCAACACACGGUAUCAUCCCAAUUGGAGCGUCACGGACUCCGCGAAGGGAUCUGCUCUCCGUCAAUACUAUCCAGGCAUUCCGCAAUAUCUCCAUGUCCGGGAAACCAUCUACUUUGAUCGUGACUUUUGUCUUUUCAUCGAGAAUGAGAUGGCCCUCUCUCAAGUGUCGGCCAAUAAUAUCGCUACCGUUUAUAAUUAUGCAAUUGCGCCCGCCGGAUCACCCAGUCGUAUUCGAUCACACCUUUCCGACCUUCUUAGCUACAAAGCCGUUCUCGACGCCUUCUUUCUACAUGCCCUCCUCCGCGAUCAUUCUCGGCGUGACGUCGUACUCUAUCUUCCCCACGGAGGUCCCCAGGAGACUCGUUACGAUGCCGCACUCCGUGUUCGUAACGACAGAAUCCGACGAGAUGGACAAGAGAUGUGGGACCACGCCUGUGACGACUGCUGCAAAUUUCUCGAUCGACCGGACGGUACUAAAGUGUUCAUUACCGCUGGUGUCACUGAUGGCGUGACUGUGGGACAUCCGUGCUGCUCUGUGCUUAACUGCCAGCAACGGCUUUCAGGCGCUCGAGAUCGCUUCUGUCCCUCCCACCAAGACAGGAUGGGUAUAUGCGCUGUAGAAGGAUGCAUACGCCCGGCCACCCUUUCCCAUGCCACAUGCACAGAUCCUUCCCAUCGUGCGUGGGAACGAAACAAGCGUCGCAACAGGCGCCGGGGCAAUGCUUUCCAACUGCUCUCCAAAAAACUCAGGGAUGCCGGGCAGGGAGCCUAUGAACCUCCUUCUCUUCCUCCCGAGCCCGAGGAGCCACCCACAUCCACCGCUUCAUUGGGCCACUCCGAUUAUAAGGGAAGGAUAUAUCGCCGCUGGACGCAUAACGAGCAGCUGUUCGUGUCUUGCUGCGGGGUAAUAAAGUCACGAGCGACGUUUUUCGGCUCUGAAGGUGUGAUAGGUGUUAUACUGUGGCUCAAGCACGUCUUCGACACCGAAAGAUAUCCUGGAUGCCUGCCUUGCUAUAUUUUCUACGAUAACAAUUGCAAUCUCGUGGCCGCGCUUGACGCUGCCCAAGACGGUUACUUUGAUAAUGUCGGCCUGCCUGUUGACGUCUUUCAUGCCAUACACAAGCACAACGAGGAGGACCACUUCUGUCAACGGCACUGCAAUCCUGCCAGCUAUCCAGACCUCGUGACCACGGACGGGGAAUGGUUGUUUAACUCUUCUGUAGCGGAGCAGGUCAACAGAUGGUUUGGGGGUUUUCAACGGUUGGUCCGCGAGAUGACUACUGAACGGUAUCAUUUCUACUUGGAUGAGGUUAUCACCAUCAGGAACAGGGUGUUGGUCGAAUCCUUGUACAAGCGGGGGAAACAUCCUCAUAGGAUACCCGCUAGCACACUCGCAAAACAUCCUGUUCGUGCAUUUUCAUGA